AUGAGUGGCACCGCCGUGGCUGAGCGCUCGUCUUUCGAUUCAGCAAACUACAAUCCCGUCGAACACCUCAACAUCCUCUUCAGCCAUCCAUCAGCCGUCAGCUCUCUCCCUAUCGUGUCCCGCCGACUCCGAAUCCAUUCCGAUGAGCUGUCCAGCGAGAUCGCCGCCAUGGAGACGGCCCAGGCAUACGGGUCAGGGGCGUCUCUUGAGCGGAUGCAGUCGGCCCAGACAGAGCUGGCCUCUGUCUUCUCGCGCAUCGAGGACGUGCGAUCGCGGGCAGUGCAGACGGAGCAGGACAUUACGACAAUGACGGCCGACAUCAAGCGGCUGGACGGUACCAAGCGCAACCUGACGGUGUCGAUGACGGCGCUGAAGCGGCUACAGAUGCUGACGACGGCAUACGAGCAGCUGCGUGGACUAGCUCACACACGACAGUACCGAGACUGUGCCGGGCUGCUGCAGGCAGUGCUACAGCUGAUGCGCCACUUCAACAGCUACCGGUCGAUCGAGCAGAUUGCGGCACUGAGCCGCGGCGUGGGCGAGCUACAGCGCGAGCUGCUAGAACAGGUGUGUGAAGACUUUGAGCUGGCCUUUACCAAAGACGAAGUGGCCGUGCGGCGUGGCACGCUGGUCGAGGCCUGUCUGGUGAUGGAUGCGCUGGGCGACAGCGCGCGGACACGGCUGGUGACGUGGUAUGUCAACACGGAGCUGCGCGAAUACCGCCAGGUGUUCCGGGGCAGCGACGAGGCCGGCAGCCUCGACAACAUCGGCCGGCGCUACGCCUGGUUCCGCCGCACGCUCAAGACACACGAGGACGAGCACGCGGCCCUCUUCCCGGCACACUGGCGCGUCAACGAGACGCUGGCGACGGCCUUUUGCGACGGCACGCGCGACGACUUCCGCGGCAUCCUGGAGCGCAGCAUGCGACGGCCCGACGGCGCCGGCAAGAUCGACGUCAAUCUGCUGCUCAGCUGCCUGCAGGAGACGCUCGACUUUGAGCAGGGUCUAGAGCGCCGGUUUGCCAGCGAGGCGCCGCGCGCAAGCAUCGACACGCUCGCCUCGUCCGACGGCCGCACCCAGACGUACAGCGGCUCCAUCAGCGUGGCCUUUGAGCCGUAUCUCAGCCUCUGGGUCGACUCGCAGGACCGCCAGCUGGCCGCGUUGAUCCCGCAGUACCGCACCCGGCCGCUCGUGGCCGACGACGACGAGUUCACGCCCGAGAGCGUCGCCCCGUCCGCCCUCGAACUCUUCCACGUCUACAAGGUCACGCUCUCGCAAUGUGCCAAGCUGUCGACGGGCGAGCGCCUGCUCGAUCUUUCGCGCAUCCUGGCCAAGUACCUGGACGAGUAUGCCCAGCAGGUCCUGCUCAGCUGGCUGCAGCUGCCGGCCACAGCAGCACAACAAAGUGGCGCCGGCGCCCCGUUGCGCGACGUCAUCGUCGUGCUCAACACGGCCGACUUCUGGAGCCGCAACACGACACAGCUGGAGGAGAGCCUGAAGAAGCGGAUCGACGCCGAGCUGGCAGACCGGAUCGACCUCUCGGCCCAGGCGGACGCCUUUCUCGGCGUGGCCAGCAGCGCCGUGCAGACGCUCGUGCGCAAGGUCGAGGCCGACUGCGACGUCGCCUGGCGCGAGAUGCGCAAUACCAGCUGGGGCCAGAUGGAGACCGUCAGCGACCACAGCUCCUACGUGUCCGAGCUGAUGCGCCACGUCGACGGCCGAGCCAAAGAGAUCCUGGCCGUCGUGGCCAAGCCGCAGUAUGCCCGCGCCUUCUGCGACCACCUGGUCGAGGCCAUGGCUGCGACCUAUCUCGCCAACGUCGUCCAGUGCCGGCCGGUGUCUGAGAUUGCGGCCGAGCAGAUGCUUCUGGACAAAUACACGCUCACCAAGUCGUUUGAGAGUCUCCUCUCGUUCCACGUGCCGUCGACGACGGCGUCCACGGCGGCACAUUCGACGGCCAGCUACGUCAAGCGCGUCAACCACACGAUGGGCCGAGUCGACCCGCUCCUGAAGACACUGCAGGUGCAGCCGUCGCCGCCGGAGAGCCUGGUGCAGGCGUACCUGAUCCACAUUGCCGACCGAUCCGACAGCAACUUCCGGAAGAUCCUCGAGCUCAAAGGCGUGCGGAAACAGGACCAGCCGUACCUGAUGGAGCUCUUUGCCAUUCACCGUGACAGCUCCAGCGCGUCGGUCCGCCAGCUGGUCCAGAACUCGCCGCUGUUGACGCCGCUGAUGAGCCAGGCCGGCCAAAGCGGCGGCCUUGGCAGCAACGCGGCGGCCGGCAUGCAGAACCGGCUGGACGCUACCAGCAUCGGCGAGAGGCUGUUGAAUGCGGCGCGCGACGGUGUCGACCGGCUGGGCACAUCGGGCGGCGUCGUCGGCACAGGCGCGACGGGUGGCCUCGGAUCGGUGGUCGCGCCCGGGACGUUGGGCGGCACGAGUGCCUUUGGCGCCACGGGGGUUGGCUCGGUCGUAUCUGAGAAGGCUACGAUCAACGAGAACCUCAAGAACAUUGGCAACUUCUUCCGGCGCGACAUUGGCGGCUUGGGCGCGCGAUUUGGAAAGCGAGACAUCACGCCAACAGGCACCAACGAGGACGGACAGCGACAUUAA